CGCAAACCGACCAUUUCGCAUUUCCAGUCUCAAAUGCCCAGUCGCAUGCUAGUCGCUCACAAGAGCAGCACUUUCCAGAGUCGCUCGCUGCAAUGCGCCCCCUUUGGUACCUAACAGGAAACAGACAGUUCCGUACUAGCAGACUCGUUCCCUUCGCUCUACUACUCACCCUAGGCGUUCUUGCCAGACUCAGCUCUGCAAGCGUACUCGAUGGCGGCUGGCGAAAGCAGCAGAGCGCGGCAUGGGACGCCUGGCGCGAAGAGCUCAGCAAGUGGCAAGGGGGAGAUCUCACGGGCGAGAAUCAAGAGCGGGAAGAGCAGCCGAUUCGGCUAGGUUCAGCCCGAUUGAAGUUGGAGGCCUCCGCCAAUGGCGACCUAGAAAACACCGUCGGCGGCGAGCUCGCUUCGCUUGUUUCUCCGGCGGUGGCGUCGUCGCGUCGACGGUCGCUUCAAGGCGAAGACGGCAAAGAUGGUUUCAACGCAUUCUUCCCCGACGACAACUGGGAAAUCAUCGAUCCCCCGCCCAGCGACCUGCCUGAGCCUCCCCCGGAAUUUCCCAGCGCCGACCCGCCAGAGCCUCCCCCCGCGGACUCCCCAGACGCCUCCUCCCCCUUCUACCCGCCAUACCCCGCGCCGUCGCCCGACGACAGCAGCGACGGCCCGUCGGCCGCGCCCGCGUCGCUUCCCAGCCCGCCUGCAGCUCCCGCGCCCGCAGUCACGGGGGGCGUGGGCGAGAUCGCGUCCCUGUGGUGCCCGCGCCUGCCGCGGCUGCCUGCUGACUAUAUCGAGUCCGCCUUAGAGGAGUUUAAAGCCCUCGACGAGGGUAUGAAGAAGCUCUACGCGCCGCGGCCGGGCGGGCAGUCCAUCACCAUCUGGGUGUCGGGGAAAGACGCCCCUGUGACAAUAUCGAGUAUGCCCUCGACAUCCGAGCUCCUGGGGCUGGAGACGACGAUGCCGCAGGUGGAGGCGGUGGGAGAGCCGUCGAACCCGCACCUGGAUCCUUUCUUCACGUCCUCCCUGCCGCCCUUCCCUGUCAUUCCCCUCAACUCCGUGCCGGCCUAUAUUGCCGCGCCUCCCCCUCCCCCUCCGGGUGCGUACGCGCCUCCUCCUCCCCCAGAGACCUUCACACCAGAUUCCGAUUUUCCGCCACCUCCCUCUUUCCCCAACGUUCCACUCGCCUCUCCCCCACCUCCCUCCACCCCCAGCAUUAUGCCUUUCCCUCCUCCACCGUUUUCCCUGCAGUCGCCACCUCCCCCAGAUGCACCCAGCCCUCCGGGUGGGAACGGGAGCGAACCCAGCGGGCCUGGCAGCAGCUUCCCCCUGUGCAACCCAUCGCCCAUCCGGUGUGUGUUCAGGUUCGCGGGAUAUGAGGACAGGGUACCCACGCUGGACAUCAGUGGUGCUCGGGCAGAGGAGGUGAUCAGUCCCGCGCUGGUGCUGUUACGCAGUAACCAGACUUACCGGGUGGUGGCGGCAAACAGCGGUGAUGGGAGGUCGAUCUGCGUCCAUGUGGCGGAUGAGGUUUACCAUGCAACGAGGAGUCAGUUCUAUGCCAAUGGAGAGGUUGUGAAAGUGAGACAGUUCAACCCACCCAGCAUGAAAAGAGGUUUCGCAAACUCAUUUGUCCGUCUUGACAUCAAUUCAGCUCAAGUUGAGGGCGCCAAGGGGCCAAUCAACAUAUUUUCUUCAAAUGUGACGGACUUCGAGGGAUAUGCUGUUCCACAAAGGAAGAGUUGCAUCAUCUUCCGAUUAAUGGCUUCAGACAUUCCAUAGCCUCAUAAGAGUGUCAUAAGGAUGGUCAGGGAGCCACUCGCUCUCAUGUGCUCGCAUAGAUAGUUAUAUAUUUUGUAUUAAUGCUAGAUUUCAAUGUGAUGGCACCUUCUCACUUGUCCUAGAGGUGUCUUCCUACAGUAGUGUGUUUUGAAAGACGCGAAUCGUUGUAUAUCCAUUCGCCGUACAGUGAAGAUUAAAAGUUUCCAGGGGAA